AUGAAAGUCCUCAUUCUUGGUGCCAGCGGUUUCAUCGGCGGGCCUGUUUCGCAAGCUUUCGUGCGUAGCGGGCAUGAGGUCUACGGCUCCACUCGUUCCCAGGAGAAGGCGCCCGGCCUCGCUGCUAAAGAGAUCAUGCCGCUUGUCGGCGAGGAGUGGAAGUCCAUUGCUGCCGACAUGGACGUCAUUGUCGACUGUACGGCUGCCUAUGGGCCCGACAUGGCCGUGCCAAACCUCAAGACUGUUGCUGAGAUCAGCAAGAAGCGCGAUAGCCUGUACAAGAUCAGCUACAUCUUCACGAGCGGAACAUGGGUGCAUGGAAACAUGGACCAGCGGGGUGGAUUCUUCGCUGAUGAGAGGUCUCCUACCAAGAAAUCGCCCGACUUGGUAGAAUGGCGUGCCCUUUUCGAGAGGGAUGUUCUUCAGAAUCCCGAUGUAAACGGUAUUGUCAUCCGCCCUGCCCUUCUUUACGGGAAGUCGAUGUCCCUUCUCGAACCUCUGUUCCAACAGGCCAUGGCUGGCAAGAUCGAAUGGGUCGGUGCUCCGGGCGACCGUUACAGCUUAAUCCAUGGCGACGACCUCGCUGACCUUUACGUUCGGGUCGGGGAAGGCGCAUCAAUGUACAAAGGCUUGACGUUCGACGCUGCUAAUCCUCAGAGCGAGAGUCUGGACGACCUCCUUGCCAAGCUUGCUCAGGUAUCCGGCUGCUCCGGGUAUUCUUACAGAGCACCGCAGAAUACGUUCGAAGUCGCUAUGACCACGACAUCCUUCACACGCCCAUCGCUUGGUCGUGCCCUCACUGGCUGGGUUCCAAAGAAGUUUGGCCUUGUCGAUGGGAUGCAGGUCUAUUACAAGACUUACGUCGCGAGCCAGAAGAAAUGA